UUUUCACCAAAGUGGUUACUAGUCUUAGUUUCGCCCGCAUCCCCAGGCGGUGGCUUGGCGAUUGGAUGCGCUUGCGCAAGUCCUGUUGGGCACUCGAGUUUCAAGUUCGCGAGGUCCUCAGCCUCAUUCGCACUCCGCUCAUCAAACCUGACCAAAAGUGGACAUUGAAUACUACUGACCGGACAUUAGCCAACCAGGGGAUGAACUCUUGACUCUGAUCAUUUCACUUAGUGGGGAAGACAAACAGCACUGCUGACAUGGUGGAGGCUUGGGCUGAAGUCCUGGCACUGAUCGUGGCACUUUUGGGCCUCACACUUUUGAUACUGGCAAAUGAAACUGAUUGCUUUAGGCAGGAUGCCAAGGACCAGUUUGCUUCUGUGGGCCUGAGUAUCAGAUGUAGGGGUUUAUGGAGCGAAUGCUUAUUCGACAACACAGCAAAUAUCUGGACCUGUGACUUUCCUGUCUCUUACAUGGGAGAACUCCCUGCAGAAGUUAUUGUCAUGCGGGUUAUUGACGUCGUCACCUGUGGGAUGUGCAUCCUGGCCAUACCUUUACUCAUCUGUGGAAUGAGUUGCAUCAGAUGCAUGAAUGAGACUGAAAGUCGUAAAGUCAAGCUGGUAUUGAGCAGCGGUCUGCUUUUUCUUUUUGGAGGUGUUUGUGGGCUUUCAGGAACGGGCUGGUAUGCUGCUGCCACCUGGAACAAAUACAAACAGGAGGUCAUUCUGGGAAUCCCUGGUGUCACCUAUGAACUGGGCUACUCUUACUGGUUUGCUAUAUGUGGUGUGCUUUGUGAGGUCAUGGUGGGUAUUCUGCUGCUCAUCAUUUGGCGCCAUAACAACCAGCAGCUGAACAGGAGAGAGCAUCAGAGGUGUAUGCAUCCGCCAGUGAAAACACUAUGUCUGGGUGCAAAUACCAAAACAUACCUGUAA